GGGGGGGUGGGGGUGGGGUGAAACGUACCGGCCAUUGGCUGAGUUGCUGAGCGGGUUAAAGCUGCUUCCAAUCACUCGAUGUACAGACUCCAUCACUGGGCUCCGUAGUGCCAGUGUCUGGUUUGGCUUUAGGUAAAGGGCUUCACCGCCACUGUUUGUCUUGGUUACUUUGAAAGGAAUCCACUCUCCAAACGCUAUCGCUUGCGUCAAGAUUGCCUGGGAAAGGGAUCCUCCUCCGGAGGCGAGGGUAUUGGAAGGGGAGUCAGCCAGGGCCGGGGGGAGGUGGGGAUGGUUGUUCUGUAAGGGCAGGGUGCUGGGCUGGGGAGUUGUUAAUGGGGAGAAAAGCAUUAGGGUGGUGAUUUGGGGGCGGGUUAAGGGCUUCUCAGGGAUUAUAUGAAAUAUAGAAUCGCAGCUUCCCAUUUGCUUUACUCUGUGUUCUGAAGACUGUGGGAAUUUGUCCGUUGUGCUGUGCGGAGGUGAUCUGGUCCCUUCUCCAGAACCUGCAGGGACUUCCCCUGGCACGAUCCAGGCCCCAGCUGGGGAGCACUGUGCCAGGGGAAGCCUCCAGCAGGAGCACACGGGGCAGGUUUGGGUCUGGAUUUCAGUGAACCAAAGACCUUGUUAAGGGGGGUGAUUGAGCCUUUCAUUAAGAUGCAGCCAAACUCUUUUCCCAGGGAAAUAAAAGCUUCAUCUUAAGUUUUAAAAAUCAUUCCCUCUCUUCCCCCAAACUGAGCCCUUGUAAGGGAGAGGGGCAACUGAAAAAGGACUGAGAGGGCCAUCGUGCCCACAGGGCUCUUCUCUUCCAUCCCUCCCCCUGUGUGCCAGAGCUUUUCCUGACCUGGGUGAUACGUUUGGAGAGUUCUGUUUAGGUAAGAGGGUACUUAACAGAUUAGUACUGAAAACACAAAGCAAUAAUUUUUGUUACUGAGACAAGAGUCUGUAUGUCUGUUUUUUUAAAUAUUUCCUAAUGAAAGAAGAGCUGCAUUUUAUUGGGUUUAUUUUUAUUCUAUAUACUUCAAAUUUGGGUCUGCGGACAGCGCUUUCCUCCCUCUUGGUAUAUGCGCUGAACUGCUUCUGUGCCCCCUCCAGACAUCCCAGGCCAGCUGUGCUGCCGCUGGGCUGUGAGUCACUCGCUGGCCAGUGCCGCCACUGCCUGCAGGCUGGGGCUCCGCUUUCAGGGUGGGCAUUUUUUUAAAAGAAAUAAAGCUGUGUUUUUAAGCCAGUAAGUUAUUACACUCCAAUGUUUGUUCUCUCCACACCUGUAACCCUUUUUUUCCAGAUUUCAGUUUUAAAUUCCUAAUAAAUUAUUUGAAAACUGUCCUCUGUCGUUACUCGGGUGGGGGGAGGGUUUUCACGUGGAGGGAACUGCAGGUGAGCUUGGGCCUGGCAGGAGUGCUGUGCUGCUGUCAGGGUGAAAGCCCCAGGGCUUUGACUGUGUGUUCUGCUCCCUGACUUUGGCAGCGGUCCAGUUUAUAAUGUGAGGCGGAUCUGCGUUUAAUAGAGACUGUGCCUCUCCUUUGCAUUACAGAGGUUCAUGGCUUCGAGGAAGGGUCGAGUGGUACUAAGAAGGUUGGCUCUUCGGAUUCAAGGACUGUGGUGAACCAAGGAGGUUAGACUUAAGAAGGAAAAAUGGAGAGAUAGGAAGAAGAUUCCUUAAUAGAUAACACUACAAGAGAAAGGUAAUUUCCAACAGAGUAAAUAAAACAAGGUGGAGAAUCCUGUGCAGCAGGUCGUCAUCACAGAGAAUUAUUAAAAGGUAAUUUAAGGCUCAAGUCAGUGAUUUGGGAACCAGCUGUACAGUGGGACGGCCUCAAAAGUGUACAGAGCAACAGCAGUUUGUGCACCGUACUGGUGGGGAAAGCCAGAAAGUGCUUUGGUGGAAAGAUCUUUACCCUUCUGGGAGUUUUCUCAUACAGCACUGCUGGUUCUCACAUGCUGGAUUUCUCACACUCAGUGGUCCCCUUGUCAAAAUCCCAGAUAUGAUAGUAUUUUUGAUUUCUGACUUAGCAAGGCCGGUUUAUCGGAAGUUUUCUUGGCAACAUCCAUAAAAAAAUCAUACACUGAGAAAUUGGGAAGAAGGAACAGCAGAGUCCUGAGGAUCGUCAAUAAAAGAAGAGAGAAAUAAAAUAUUUAAAAAGAGUAAAGGUGGCCAAAGUAGCAAAGGAGAAAGAGAAUACGCAGAUAUUGAAGGGAAAGUCAGCAGCUUGAUCCGUGUCAUAAGAUCAAGAUGUUUUUUUCCCAAGUAAACUGAACCACUGGCUCCUUUACAUCAGCCUGUAAUGUUUGCUCAGUGUGCUCACUGUUAGGACAUAGGAAUCUCGAGCCUGCAACUCAGCACCUGUUUGGCCUUAGUUAAUCCGUGAGUGGGGAAUCCCAGAGACUCAGAGAGCUUGUGAGAGAUGGGGACGGUUCUGGCUGUUGAGCAGCAUGUCCAGCUUACGGAGGCGUCCCAUGGGUCUGUCAACACUGGAUCCUGUGUGCACCGUGACAGUUUCAGCCACUCUGAAGAGGAAGAUGCUGUCACCGUCACCUACAGAAAGAUGCAUCUGAACUUGCUGAGGGAUGCUGAACUGUUAAGUUUCCAGAAUAAGCGCUCUGGUAUUUUAGAUUGUUGUGGAAAGAUGAGCUCUGCCUCUUCCCUUGCUGUUAAAAUGGAAGGCUUGCUGCAUACUGUAGAAAUAAAUGCAGGCUCUUAUUCUCAAGGGAAAAUCUCAAGUAUGUAACAAUACCAAACCCACAGCCUUGACAGUGUUAGGGCCUCUCAGGUCUGAUAACGAGCAAAGUAUUUUGGACUUGCUCCUGGCUGACUCCUGAGCCUUUUACUUACCUUUUUUUUUUAAUUUUUUCAAUCUAAUGUCAAAGUUCCGAACUCACUUCAUGCCUUGGCAUAGAGAACCACAGAGCCUAAGUGGGUGCUGCUUUGGUGAUGGAGAAACUGCUGUCUGAGCUGCUGAAGUGUGCUGCGUGCAUGGAAACAUCUUCUAAGGACAGUUCAUUUCCAGCAUACCUCCUCUGAGGUCAGGUACAAGCAGCCACAAGGUCUUGUUUAAGCCAAGCCAUGGUGGCCUUGCCAGGAGGAUGGGUACGGUGCCACCUGCUUGUACCUGAAAGGAAAUUAUCUUUAGUUAUUUUUGUUCAUGGCGUUAUCAUUCACCUGGUGAUGGGUGUGAGAUGGUUUCAGCAGUUACUGGAGGAAGCUGGCCAAGUCUGCUCAGCCAAGAAGGAAAGGAGGGAAAUGACUGCAUCCCCAUGUACUCAGUUAAAAUCUCUGGUCUCAAGCUUCCACUGCUUUGUUGCAUUCACACCUUCUUUUGUUGCUGUGGUUGUUAUGAAAACAUUCUGGAGGAAUGUCAGAGGCUUUCCAGGUUGCUUUGCUCCUGGUUCUUGCCUAGGAGAACAUCAGAGAAUCUUCAGAUUUGGAAGAGACCGUUAAAGGCUGUCCAUUCCCACUCCCAUGCAAUGAAUAGGGACGCCCACAGCUCCAGCAGUGCUCACAGCCACAUUCCCUGACAUUGGGAGUUACAAGAAUUUAGCAGUAAAACCUAAAAUGCAAGUAUUUGCCCUGCUGGCUUCCAGAGCUAGAAAUCCAUUGGCCUUCAGAAGUUUGAGCCGCAAUCUGCUGCCCACACCCUCUGAUAGGAGAAAUCUGUUCGAUAACAUAAAAAGUGGUGUGUGCACGUCACUUCCAUUUCAAGCGGUGGCUGCCAUCGCUGCUAUCUCACCUCGGGCAUUAUGGGAGUUCCGCAGCAUGAUCAAAUGCGCCAUCCCACACAGCCACCCUUUCCUAAGAUUUGAUGACUAUGGCUGCUACUGCGGCUUGGGAGGCAGUGGGACACCCGUGGAUGAACUGGACAGGUGCUGUCAAGCACAUGACCAUUGCUACUCUGAGGCACAGAACAAGACGAUUUGUUCCUCCAUCCUGGACACUCCCUACACAGAGAUAUACAAGUACUCCUGCAAGGAUGAGGAGAUCACGUGUAGCAGUUCCAACAACGAGUGUGAGAUGUUCGUCUGUAACUGCGACCGCACAGCCGCCAUGUGCUUCUCCAAGGCACCCUACGACCCCGCUCACCACCGCCUGGACAAGAAGAAAUACUGCAGCAGUUAAACUGCAGUGCCGCUGCCGCCAAUAAAAUCCGUGCACCACG